AUGGUCAAUGCCACCUUGGUGACCAGUUUCCUUCUCUUGGGGUUUUCUGAGGACCCAGAGCUGCAGACACUUUGUGGCCUGCUCUUCUUGCUGAUGUACCUGGUGGCCCUGAUAAGUAACCUUCUCAUUGUCACUGUUCUUACCCUGGACCCACAGCUCCAAGCACCUAUGUACUUCUUCCUGAAGAACUUGUCCUUGCUGGACAUCUCCCUGGUGUCUGUCCCAAUCCCAAAGUUCAUCCUCAACAGUCUGACUCACAACAAUUCCAUUUCCAUUCCAGGCUGUGCCUUACAGCUCUUUUUAAUGACAUCCUUCUCAGGAGGUGAGACAUUUAUUCUCACUGCCAUGUCCUAUGACCGCUAUGUGGCCAUCUGCUGUCCCCUGCACUAUGAGGCCAUCAUGAAUGAUGAUGCCUGUAUGUUGAUGGCAGGAGUUUCCUGGGCUCUGGCAGGGCUCUUUGGAGCCUUGUACAUUGCUGGCACAUUUUCUGGGCCCUUCUGUGGCUCCAGUGUGAUCCCAGAGUUUUUCUGCAAUGUUCCCUCCUUACUCAAGAUUUUCUGCUCUGUCACAUUUCUGGUGGUCUAUCCCAGCCUGGGAAUAGCAAUGUGUCUAGGCCUGUCAUGUUGUGUCUGCAUUGUGUUCUCUUAUGUUCACAUUCUCUCCGCUGUGCUAAGGAUUCCAUCCAGGAAAAGUCAGUGUAAAGCUUUCUCCACUUGCCUCCCUCAUCUCCUUGUCUUCACCAUUUUUAUACUAAGUGCAUGCAUGGUUUACCUGAGGCCACAAGCAGAUGCGCCCACAGUUAUUGAUAGGCUGCCUGCUGUGUUCUACACUGUGCUGCCUCCAAUCCUGAAUCCUGUCAUCUACACCCUAAGGAAUGGUGACAUAAAAUGGGGCCUGAGAAGGCUGUUGUCAGCCCUACAUGUUCACCAGAGGCCCUUCAUCUAA